GCUUUCAGCUGGUACUGCACUAGUACCGUAGUCACUUUACCAGUAACAUCCAGCAACGUUCACUAGUACUAGGCGUUACUCGAGCGCAGUCAAAGAAACCGCAACUCAGAAACGAAGACGCCUGAUAACGAAUACAUGACAUGCUCUCCACAUUGGAUGUCGACAUCAGACCAGGAGCAGGCAUUGGGAUGUUUGAGAUAGGCUCGUCCCUCUGGUCCGUGAUUGAUAUGCUACGCGGUCUUCAACACAUAUUCCCCCAGGUGGAUGUCAAGUACGACCCUGAUUCAUCGGCCACUACCCCUGUCAUUCUUCACUUGCGCCCUCAUUUUGAUCUGCUUUUCUCGGGGUACCAUCAACGUCUUCACACCAUUUGCUUGAAGAAACUGCGGGAUCCAUACCCUCCCGUCUCCCUUCGCUACAAAGAUACUUUACUAUCUUCUGCUGAGGACACUCUAGUAAAGGUACUAGUAAGCCGCACAUUCGGUCCAACAUAUCCCGGAGACGACCUGAGGUAUCCUGGAUUAUGGUUCAGUUUUGAAGAAGAUGCAAUAGGCGAAGGCUUCAAAGGAGCAAGUCCUCACCCGGAUGACAGAAAGCAAGAAGUGAGGCGUAUAUUUGUAAGUCAGAAAAGCCACGACGGUGAAGAACGCGAUGCAUUAGAUGAAGUCACGGAAUGUUCUAUCAUGGAUGGAGACGUCGUACGCGCAGUUGUCAAGGUUCACGAUGGCCUUUUGCUUUAUCGUCAUCCUUCUACCACGGACCCUCUCCAUGUCCGUAUAGGGGAAACUACAGCGCAAGACCUGAAUAUUGAUUUGGGACCUCCUCCUCGAGUGCACUACAAAGAAGACGAUAGGAUGACCAUUCACUCCCCCAAUCAGUCUCGUAAUGCCGAUCGAUCAUCUCAUUACUUCUACAAUUACUUCCAGCAUGGUAUCGAUUUCCUGAUAUCCGGUGAGACACAUAUCGUCCUCAAGAUUAUUCUCCACACGAACGUGCCCGGUUCACCCCUCUUUCAGCGAUACAAACGUUGCCCUUGGGAACUGGAAGGAAAACCAGAGGAUGACGAGGAUGACUCGCCUCCCAGGAUGCAUUUCUAUGAUAAGUUUGAGACAAUCAGCCAUUUUCUAUGUCCUCGAGAUCCACCCCCUUCAAUGUUGCUUGAUCGUACAGAUGAAGAAGACGAUAUCACCCUACCUAGCUCGACGACCCGUUUGUAUGGAUAUGAUGGAGUUAUACUGGAGGUCACGGAAGCAUCUCAAGUCGUAGCUGUGAUUUUGUUCUAAAUAAUGAUGUAUUAUUAUUGAGACCUCUUACAUCUGGGUGAUACAUGUAGCAUACCUUGAACUCCUUGAAGGUAUCGUUACCCACUAUGCAUUGGACAAUAUACAUAUCGCAACUCGUCGGUUCAGAUUACUUCACAAAUAUAUCCGGCCACACAGCUCUCAAUUCUUCUAGAUCACUCACAGCAAUAAUCUCUGAUUCAGUGCCUCCCUGUUCCUUGACAUCGAGCUUCUUAACCUUUCCGCCUUCUACAGUCUCCAUCCCAUAUUCAUAAAAAUGAACACAUCGGCCCCAUCCGAGACGCUUUGCAGCCACGACGUUAGUUCGGCUGUCGUCAACAAAGAGACACUUAGAAGGAUCCGUAACGCCAGCUUGUUUCAUCGCGUUUAGGUAGUAUUCCGACUCCGGCUUGCAGAC